AUGGACAGCAACGGCAAUCCGAGUCCAGACCCCGACACAGCGGCGCGUCGCCGUUCGGGACGCGUCGUGAGAGCCCCCGACAAGUUCUCACCUGAAGCCGCGGGGCCCUCAUCGGUCGCGAAACGCAAGCGCGACGCCGGUGAGGAAGGGGAGGACGACGAGAACGAUGACCCAGAGGUCGACGACGAAAGCGACGAGGCUGAUCAGCUUUCCGACGACGAGCCUGCCCCCUCCAGGAGGGCGAGGAAAUCGUCGCAAACCAAGCGCGCAAAGAAACCUUCAGCCAAGAAGCCCAAGAUCAAUGGCACGCAACACGCCACGGCAAACAACACCGUUACGCUUCCUCGAAUGCCCAAGAAGGUCGUCAGACUUGACACCGGCGACAAGGGAACCGGCCUCUAUGCUGAAAUCUUCUCGCAGGGCAACUCUUCUGAUACUGUUGCUCAGCAGUGGCUAGAGAGCUACAGAAAAGACACGACGGUUGCCCUCCUCGAUCUCAUCAAUUGCGUUCUGCAGUGCAUCGGGUGUGAGCAGGAAGUCACAAUUGAUGAUAUCCGCGAUCCGGACAACAUUCCAAACAGACUUCGUGAUCUUGAAAAUUCUUAUUUAGAGCAACAAGAAACAGAAUAUCCCCUGAUAUCCAGGUCAAAGUCAGCGAAGUCAUUUCGCGAUUUGCUUCUGGGAUUUUUUGCAUCAUGGGUCGAGCUUUUGCAUGAAUCUGAACUUUUGUAUAAAGAUGAGGAGGUGAUGGAGAACGUGCAGAGUUGGUUAGGCAGCAUGUCCUCUUCCCGCGUCCGGUCGUUUCGCCACACAGCGACAACCAUAUCUCUUUCUGUGACCUCGGGCCUUGUCGAGGUUGCUAGUACUCUGGACCAUCGAAUCACGAAUAUUGAGCAACAACUACAAGCUUCAAAACGUGGUAAGAACAAGCCGAGAACUGCCGAGUUUCAGCAAAAUCUUGAUGAGGCCAAUGAGUAUCGUGACAAAUGCACAAAUAUCCUUCAGCUUUAUUUCGACGUGGUUUUUGUACACAGAUACAGGGACUCGGACCCCAAGAUCCGCACUGAGUGUGUCGAGGCGCUGGGGCACUGGAUAUGGGAGCUUCCAACAGUCUUCAUGGAACCGAGCUACCUGCGAUACCUUGGUUGGAUGCUCUCUGACACCUAUGGACCAACACGCCAGGAGGUCCUCAAGCAACUAGCCAGAAUUUUCAAGCGUGAUUCCGAGCAACUCGGUCACUUCAUUGAUCGAUUCCGACCCAGGCUGGUGGAAAUAGCUACUCGCGAUGCCGAAGUGGCUGUUCGCGUAGCCGCAAUUGCUGCUAUUGACACGCUACGUGAAGCAGCUUUACUUAAUCCGGAGGAGCUUGACGUGAUUGGCCAGCUCAUUUACGACAAUGAGAUUCGAAUCCGCAAGGCCGUCGUAGGCUUUUUUGUCGCCUGCGUUGACGAAGUUUUUGCAAGCACGGUCCAAGCGCUAGGUGGUACAGAUGCUUUGGAUGAAUUUGACAGCACUGAUGACGAUGACUAUAACACUCCGCGACGGGAAUGGGUUAAUAUCAAAUGCCUUGCCGAGACACUGUCAGGCUACGAUUCCCAGAUUGAAGAGCGCCAACAAACCGGUGGCAUUGCUGGUUUGGAUGUCGCGGUCGAUCUACUCGCUACUCAUGCUCCGGAAACCAGAAUUUCUCUUGCGUCACAGGUGCUCUAUGAGAGAGUCCCAGAGAUCAAACGCUGGCAGUUGCUGGCUGGUUACCUUCUCUUCGACCACACUACAAGUACCAAGGCCAAGUCAAGAUCCCGAAAAGCAGAUUCACCUGAAGCAGCGUUUAAGAAGGCUGUAACACCUUCACCGGCUGAAGAAUUGAUUCUUUUGCAGGUUCUGGUAUCUGGUGUUAAGUUAAAUCUCACUCACGUCGUUGAACCCGACAAGGGAAGGCGAAGAGUUCCGCGCCACGACAUCGAGGCGGCACAAGAAGAGAUUGCAAUUGAGCUAUCUGACAUUAUUCCACAACUUCUAAGUAAAUUUGGAGCUGAGCCCGAAACGGCAACUACCGUUUUACAGCUGGAACACUUCGUCGCCUUGGAAUCUUUCCAGCAGUUACGGCAAGAUACAAGCAAAUAUGAUGCUCUCCUUGAUGAGGUAUGCACGCAGUUCAACAGGCAUGACGAUAUCCGUGUCAUCUCCGAGGCCACAGCUGCCCUUCUGCACGCCCGCCGACAGGAGGAAUUGGAAGAACUCACAGACGCCAAAUUAGCCACAUUGUGGGAAAGCAAUAUCAACGCAUUGCGCAACAUUGACAAGACUUGCGAGCUUUCAGUGCGCGGUAAUCUGGCUGCUGGCUCAUUGAAGAGCCUUUCGAUUGUUCUCAUGAAGAUCAGCAAGCUGUCAGGAAUCUCUGAUUGCAUCGAGUUGCUCGAAGCCGAGGGCUCGUCGGACGACUCGAGCUCGCCUGUAGUUGGUAUUCUUAGCAAUAUCGUUCAUCGUGGAAAAUUUGAGCCUCAGGAGGAUGAGAUUGACGAUCUUGAGGAUGAAGUUGUGUCAUACGCCAUCAAAGCCUGCCAGUUCUACUUCAUGUGGAAGGUCCGCAGUCUAUCGAAACUGAUUUCCGAUGGUGCUGGUGUCUUGGGCGAGGAUCUUGACCGCCUAUUCGUCUUGCGAUCAACGUACCGCCGAUACCUGAUUGAAACCUUCUCAUCCCGCGCAGCGAUUGACGAGCUUCGUCUAUUUGCUACCGGCUGCCUCUGCGACCUUCACCUCACCUUUGCUACUCUCCGCACCCCUAUCGAAAACUACCGCCCUUCAUCCAGCUCUGCAUCUCACUCCUCAGCAGACAAUCUUCAAAAACUGGUCCAGGAUAUUGAGUCUGGCCUUGUCCCCGAGUUGCUCCAAAUCUUUGAUGGAGCAGAGAAGCAAUAUGCCAAACGUAGCAAGAGAGAAAAGACCUUGAACACGCCUGCAGACGACGACGAGCCGAUUGACGAUGAUCCCAUGGAUGAUGAGGGUGAGAAUGACGAAGAUGAAAACUUGACCCCAGAAGAGCGCUUCGCAGCGGAGCUCAAAUCCGAAAAGGCGCUUUGCGAGUUGGCUGCCAAGUUGGUUCUUGCCAUCAGAGCCAAGAUCAUUGACAGACGUGGCUCUGAAGCCGGCAAGCUUCGACGCAGACUCCAACGCAACUCUACGAAACUGGGGAAUAAUUUCAGGGAGGUCGUCAGCUAUCUGGAUGAGUCGAAGCGUGUCAAACAAGACAAGAAGAAGGGCGGUGCCAAGACAGACAAGCAGACUCUAAGCAAAGAGAGGAUCGAGGUCGAUGAUGAAGAUGAGGAUGAUCUAGAGGUAGAAGAAAUUGAGGACGUCGAAGAUGUGGCUGACAACGAAAAAGAGGAUCUGGAGGGCGAGCUGGAAGACGAUCCUAUUGAGGAUGUCGACGAUGAGCCGGAGGAGCGGCAGAAUAAUGACCGGGAUGACAGUAUUCUUGGGGAUUAA